AUGGUCGUCACCCCUCGCGCUUCAGGUCUCUGGGAGGGCUCGCUUAGGAUGAGCGGUUACUUCGACGACAAUGACGGCGCCGAGGACACCGAGCGCCUCGGCGAUGAAGUCCUCGAUGACGGUCGCACGCCCUUGGACAGGACCAUAGACCGUAUCGGCAUGGGCACGUAUCAGUGGACGCUGCUCUCGCUAUGCGGUUUUGGCUGGAUGGCGGACAACAUGUGGAUCCAAGCUGUGGCGAUAAUCCUUCCCCGCGUGCAGCAGCACUACUCGGUUCCGGACAAUUACAUCGGCGUGGUCUCUUCAGCCAUGUUCGCAGGGAUGAUGUUUGGCGCCAUUGGCUGGGGAACAUGCUCGGACGUCCUGGGGCGGAGUACUGCGUUCAACGCGACUCUGUUUUUCACGUCUGUAUUUGGGAUACUGGCAGGCUUGGCAACGACCUUUCCCCUACUAUGCAUCGCACUCUUCCUUCUUGGGAGUGCCGUCGGCGGUUCCAUGCCCACGGACGGCACCCUCCUCCUCGAGCACAUGCCUCGCGGCAAGGAAUAUCUCGUCACCGCCCUGUCUGUAUUCUUCUCCUUCGGCGCCGUUCUCGCCGCCCUUGUAGCGAUAGCAAUUAUACCCCAGCAUUCCUGUCUCGCAGCGCCUGCAGUAUGCGAUCCCGCCGACAACCAAGGCUGGAGAUACGAACUCAUGGCCCUCGGCGCCAUCACGCUUACCAUGUUCUGCGCAAGGAUGGUAUUCUUUCGCCUUCACGAAUCCCCUCGAUAUCUCGUACAUGCGGGACGACCCCAAGCUGCAAUCGAGUCUUUGCAGUUGAUCUCCCGCUUCAAUGGCUCUGAACUCGAGCUGGAUCUGGAGGACGUGAUAGAUCAUCACGAUCCUGUUGAGCGCGCACCGCAGGAUUCGACGCAUGAAGAGAAUACGCCUUUGUUUGAUGCCGAUGCACAAUCAGGUUCUCCCGAACGGGGCAACUCCCGGGCCAGUUCAUCAUCCGGCGUACCCGCUCGUCAACCCACACCUCCAGACCACUACCACGCGACCGGCGAGUCCGAAACCGGGUUGCGCGGGCAUGUCUUCAGGACGCCGACCUCAUCUUUACGCGGGCUACCACGUACAUUGUCGGACAUCGCAACCCCCGAGGUGGACACCUUCAAAGAGUUGGGAGAUGCGCCUGAAACACCGGCUCUGGACCGUCCACCAUCACGACGCCCCUCCCGACCCGCUCAUUCCCGAAUGCCAACCAGUGCGUCUGUAUACUCAACUUUCGAGGAGGCGAAGGCGAAGGUGUGGUGGCGCCUACCACGUUCGAUACGAAAACCGCUGGGUGCCUGGUUGGACCGUUUCGCGAUGGUAUUGUCUCCAGAAUGGAUCCGUACAACGCUGGCGGUAUGGGGUGCUUGGUUCGGCAUGUCUCUUGCGUACACGAUGUUCAAUGUGUACCUCCCCAAACUCUUGGAGGCGCGCACGUCAAAAGGCCCCGAACCUCAAAGCCUUGAAGAGACGCUAUGGGAUGUGGUGAUCUUCACCUUAGGAGGUUGCCCGGGUGCUGUGCUUGGUGCUUGGUUGAUCGAGUCGCCUCUCGGGCGUAGAUUGUCACUUGCCGGCAGCACAUUCAUUACUGCUGUGUUCUGCGUCGUAUUCAUCAUGGUUGAAGGCCAGUUUGCCAUUACAGCCAGCACCGUAGGCAUCAGUCUGAGUGCGACAACGAUGUGGGCCGUGCUUUACGGCUGGACACCGGAGAUUUUCUCCACAAAAGUCCGCGGUACAGCAUGCGGUGCAGCAUCUGCGCUAUCCAGGAUUGGCGGGAUGAUAGCACCUGUGCUUGGCGGCAUGCUAUUCAUGAUAGACCUCUCGUUCCCUGUCUACACGAGCAUAGUUGUCUUCGGACUCUCGGGCGCUUGUGUGCUUCUGCUGAGGGAAGAUGCGGGUGCCUCGCACGGCGGUGGACGUGCAGCGCUCGUACACUAG